UAAUAUUGAGACAAAUAAUAUUUUAAAGGCUUUUUCUAGUUUACCAAAAGGUUUGGAGCAAAAUGAUAUGUAUGAAUAUAAAGUAACUAAAACUGAAUAUCAUGAACUUAUUAAGAAUGUAAUCAAUAACUAUCAAGUUCCUGAUAUCAAACA